UAUUUAAUGUGAAAUUGGUGGGAAAUCAAGCUUAAUCUGAGGUAUCACGUAACAUACGGAAUCAAAAAAACAAAAUAUUUAUCUCAGUAUAAAUUUACUUAUUAAUAAUUUAGCAAAAAUGGAUACUUGCUGUAAGGUGUCAAGCUUCGACCAUUUAGUCCUCACCGUGAAAAAUUUGGCAGAAUCGAUUGCAUUCUAUGAAAAGGUUUUGGGAAUGGAGACCAUCAAAUUUGGCCCGAAUGGAGAACGUACAGCUCUCCAAUUUGGGAUACAAAAGAUCAACUUGCACGAAGUUGGGAAAGAAUUCAAACCACAUGCACUUGUUCCAAAGGCAGGAAGUGGUGAUUUAUGUUUCGUCAGUGAAAAUCCUUUAAUAAAAUGGCAAGAGCACUUGGCAAGGCUCAACAUUUCGGUGGAGGAAGGCCCCGUGCCAAGAACUGGAGCCAGGGGUCGUAUGAAUUCCAUUUAUGUUCGAGACCCUGAUGGAAAUUUGAUCGAGAUUGCGUACUAUGAUUAAUAUUUAUGUAAUAAUCUUGAAAAAAAGUCAAGGGAAAUUCUCUUGGUUAAAAGUCAUUAUCAAAUUUGUCAACAAUGUGACCUUGUUUGUUAAAGUCAACUCGUGUAAAGAAUAAAUAAUCUUUGGUUCAUUUAAUGUAAA